GAACUCCCAAUUCGAUUCGCUUCGUUCGCGGCAUCUCCUUCCGAUUCCUCGAUCGUUGCUCCAUUGAUCCAGAUCGAAGAGGAGAGAAGCGCACCGAUUGAUCGAUCGAUGCCGAGGAGAAGCCCGCCGAAGCACCGCCACGAUGGCACCUCGCCGCUCCCCAUGGGGAUGGACUGGAGCCCUGCUCCUAAGAAAUGGGAAGGGAGAAAUACCAGUUUGGCCUCAUGAUCCCCGAAGUGGAUGGAGUUAUUGUGUGAUGAUACCUUCAUGGGUUGUACAACCUGAGUCAGGAGCAUCUGGUGAUGGCUUGUUGAAUCCCAUAAUUUUUUACAGGGUUCAGGUUGGUAUUCAAUCCCCUGAAGGGGUCAGCACGAGCUAUGGGAUACUUAGAAGGUUUAGUGACUUUUUGAAGUUCUCCUCUGCUCUUACCAAGGCGCUUCCAAGAAAAAAUAUUCCUGCUGCUCCACCAAAGCAUGCUUUGUUGAGAAUAAAUUCCAGUCGUCUACUUCUUGAAGAGAGAAGGCGUGCUUUGGAGGAAUGGAUGGGAAAGCUGCUCUCUGACAUUGAUGUCUCUAGAAGUGCUCCUGUGGCUGCUUUUCUUGAGCUAGAAGCUGCAGUGAGGUCAUCCUUUCAGGAUGUGAAUUCACAAACUUUGAGUCCAAGCCCUUCACGUGUUGCUGUAGUUAUGCCCUCUUCAGUUCCAUUUAGAACCAGCUCAGGUGUCUCUGUUCCUGACACAUUGACAAUUGCAUCAAAGUCUCAGUCAGUAGCAUCUGAUUUGGGUAUUGAUAGUACAAAUGAAUUGUCAGAUCUGGGAACUCCUAGACAAGGUAGACUUCAGAUAUCUGAAACUGGCAUAGGAGAUCUCGGGUCAGUCCAUGACUUCACUGAUACAGCAGGGCAACUUGCCAAUGGUGUCCUCGUGAGAGAUUCUUUUGUAGACCACCCCGAAGAGUCUGCUGGAAGUAAGUUGCGUGUCAGUAAGGAGACUCUGGUUUUAGGAAAGGAUCACAUGCAUGGAACUUCUUCUAAAGAAGUUCUUUCAAGGGAUAGGUUUGAGUUUAUAACAGAGCAGGCCCAUUAUAAGCUUUCUGGUCAUGCUCGAAAGUUCUCAGAUGAAAGUAUUGGGAGUGAUAUAAGUUCAAUAAGGGGCAGUGAACUCUCAAAUCCAGGUAUGCUUAAUUCAAUUGGUGAUGAGUCUAUUGAUCUUCACGGUGGCCAGGAGGGUCAAAGUAGCAGGGAAGCUCUCAAUAUUAUGGAGGUGCAGUUUUUGAAUGACACUCAAAUUAUUCUUCCACUUGAUCAGCAGCAUAAACUGAAUAGACUCUUUACGACAAUGAAACAAAGAUUGGUGACGGCAAAAACCGAUAUGGAGGAUCUUAUAGCACGACUAAAUCAGGAAAUGGCAGUGAAAGAGUACCUUACAACAAAGGUCAAGGAUUUAGAGGGGGAACUUGAAGUUACUAAACAAAAAAGUAAAGAGAAUUUGCAACAAGCUAUUGUAAUUGAGAGAGAAAGAGUUACACGUAUCCAAUGGGACAUGGAUGAGCUUCGCAGGAAAUACCUGGAGAUGGAGUCAAGACUCAAAUCUGAGCAGGGAGAAAAGACUCGUGCUGAGUUGGAAAGGACAACCGCAUUGGAAGAUAAAGAGAUGUUGAUGCAGGAGUUGGAUGGUAAACGAGUACAAAUAGAAAAUCUGCAAAAACGCCUAGAAGUCAUGGAGGUAAAGUCAAAGUCAGAUAUUGAGGUGCUUGUCAAAGAGGUCAAGGUUCUCAGAAGUUCUCAAGCAGAUCUUAAGGAAGCACUUAACCGGUCUCUGAAAGAAAAGACUGAAUUGGAGAGAAUUAUUCAGAAGGGCAAUCAACAAUUGGCAAAUGCAAAAACAUCAAGAAGGAAGCUUCUUCAUGAGUGUAAAAUUCUUCGAAAUCGACUACAGGAAUGCAGUAUUGAUUUUCUUGCAGAUGAAGAAAAUAAUUUACUUGUCAACCCUUCUUCAGUCUCUGAUGCUUUGGAUCUUCUGAGAACUUCAGAUAAUAGAAUUGGUCUCCUCCUCGCAGAAGCACAACUUCUUGCGCAGGAUGACGACAUUGAUGUGAAUAAAUCUCAUGGCAAGGAUUCCUCAGAAAAUCGUUUUAGCAAUGGGGAAGAUAUAGCCAGAGCAGACAGUGAGAUACGAAAAAUGCUCACCGAUCUAUUAGUAGACAAUGCGAGGCUACGGAAACAAAUAAUCUCCGUCAUGCAAUGUACUCUUGAAACUGUCAGUAAACCACAGAAGGAAGAAACCAGUGAUUUUCCUGCCAGAAAAACUAUUUUAAACCUGUUCCUAGAAAGAUGAUACAAACCAUAUUGUAAAUCCUCUCAAGGUAGGCAUUAGAUGGGCCACACUUGGCGAAAUAUAAAACAUCUUAUCAUAUGUUAAAUCUACACGGGGAAAUUUUGUUGUAUAUCCGAGGGAUGUUUGGUUCUACUUCCUUGUUGUAAUCAAACUUCUGCAUAUAGGAAAAUAAGAUAACGCGGUUGUAUUAUUAUU